AUGACGAUUUUACUGAGUGCUUUUCAGUUGCUAUACUGUCAGCAAGCACGUUCUGAUGGACCAUGCGUUUAUGCUAUAGCCGUGGAUCGUGAAGUUACGGUAUCCUCAGGAACAGGCAGAUUACUGCUUAGGCACGACGUUUCAUUCGACAUCAAACAGCUUCUCUAUGUCGUUUUCCCACCGUCAAAAGGCGAAGAUGAAACAAACCGUACGCAAGAGUUUUUCUGCCUUGUUGGCAACCGAGACAUGCUAUUCAUUGCUCUUGAAGAUUCACAUCCUCUUGGAUUUCGGGUUCAAUUUGACAUACGAGCCGUGUACACAACAAAAUACGGGUUGCUUGUUGAGCGUGAUCUGUCUACACAUAAGACAUCUCCAGCAGAAGAAGUUGUGGUACUGUAUUCUCUGUCACAUCCACUGAACGAGCUGCUUGCAGUCAUAUUCAAGCCAAGAGAUUCACUAACGCAGUGGUUGUUCUGCUGGGAAAAGUUGCAGUAUACAAUUGUAGGAGCUGAAGAUGAUUUUUUGUUGGUGUUCGAUAGAGAUAGUGAGGUGAGUGGGCUUGGUAUUUGA